AUGGAUGAUCCACAAUUUAAUGACAUAUUUAAUGAAGAUUUCGAUGGUAAUUAUGAUAAUGUAAUGAACCACAUUGUAGAACAAAUUAAUUAUCCUAGUUGUGAAGGUAGUGGUGCUUCAGUUGAUGGUGCCGGAGAUGAUAGUAAUGGAAACGACUCUGAUAACAGUAAUGACGAUGAUGAUGCUGACGUUGAUGAUGAUAGUGAUGGUGACGAUGCAUUUAUUAUAAGGAGGCAUUUUGAGAGGAAAAAGUUAAUUAUAUGCACAGCUGGAGCUAUAAACAUGAUGGACGCAACCACUUUAUUGAGUUUAUGCACCGAAUUAGAAAUGCGCCAUGGCUUAAAACCGUCAAGAAGAAUGAGCGUUAUUGAAAAGGUGGCAAUGUUUCUAUUUACAAUAGCAGUUGGGGCGUCAAAUAGACAAGUGCAAGAAAGAUUCCAGCAUUCAGUCAUAAAACCAGUAGAUCCACAAUUUAUGAGCACACCAAGAGAAAUUGCUAUGAAUCCAAGAUUUAUGCCACAUUUCAAGAAUUGUAUCGGUGCAAUUGAUGGAACACAUGUUCGUGCCUGCAUACCAUCUGCAAAUCAAAUUCCAUUUAUUGGAAGAAAAGGUAUACCAACACAAAAUAUCAUGGCUGCUUGUAGUUUCGACAUGCAAUUCAUGUUCGUGUGGGCAGGAUGGGAAGGUAGUGCACACGAUACGCGUAUUUUUCUUGAGGCCAUUGACAAUAACAAUAUCAAAUUUCCAAAACCUCCAGAAGGAAAAUAUUAUUUGGUUGAUGCUGGAUAUCCAAACGAGUAUGGGUAUUUGGGUCCUUAUAAAGGUGAGAGGUAUCACUUCCAAGAAUUCAGGCGUCGUAGACAACCAAGUGGUCAGAAAGAAGUGUUUAAUCGUGCACACUCGUCAUUACGUAACGUGAUCGAACGUUCUUUUGGGGUAUGGAAACAGAGGUGGAAAAUUUUGCAAAACAUGCCUGGUUAUCCAUACAAGACACAAGUUGAGAUUGUAGUUACAUCCAUGGCACUACAUAAUUAUAUUAGAAGGAGGUCACAAGAUGAUGCAGUUUUUUCUGAGUAUGAUCGCAACCCCAAUUUAAUUCCAGAUGACUUUUUACCUGAUAUUGUUCAGGCUUUAGUCAUUCAAGGCUCACAGAGGCCUUCACGUAUGGAUUUU